AUGGAAAUUCUUCAGGAGCUUGAUAGCGCACUAGAAGAAGACGAACAAAUGUCACUGGAAGACAUCCGGAAAGGAGCUAAGGACACGGACUUAUCGUUCAGACAAUAUGCGACACAGACAUAUGAUUUGCUGAUACCAGAGCCUGCAAUCGAUUACGAUCAUCAGACACGCCACAAUCAUCGAUUUCUGAUCAACUAGCAAAAAGAUAAUCCUUUGAAAACAGUGCAGACAAAGUACAGUGCAGCACACUCGAUGUUUACAGUGCACAAGAUCUCAACUAACUUAGUGACAUCUUCUGCUGUUGCUCUUCUUGUGGGACUUGAAAGGCACUUGUUAAAGGCUGCUUGUGUCCCGCAGAAUCGUACACGACUGACUUACAAUUAG